AUGGCCUCAUUCCUCUCAACAGUCAAAGGAAUUUGCGGGAAAGAGCUUCAACUCAUUUCCGAUGUCAGCACACGUUGGAACUCUACCUAUGCCAUGCUAGAACAAGCGAUAGAACUUCGUGAUCCAAUCAAAUACUUCUGCAAGAAGAAUGGCCUUGCUGAACAAUACAGCCUGUCUGAGUACGAAUGGUUCAAAGUCAAGCAGCUCUGCCAGUUUUUGAAAUCGCUCGAUACGGCAACAAAUGCUGUAACUGGUUGA